UUGAAGUAGCCGUUAGGCCCGUUACAACUCAUCCUUCUCUUCUUCUCUGCUUUAACCUCCCACUCCCGCCCUCGGAGUUAACAUGUUUAUCGUCGGAGAUUCUACCUCCGACCACCAGUGAGCAAAUCAACGAUGCCUCCGAGCAUUGUAAGGUUGUGCAAUAUGAACGACGGACAUGUCAACGUCAAGUCGCUGGAGCCUUUUUCCGUCUUGACUUCUCUGAAAAAGCGAAAACGUCCGCCGAUGAUUGAGAUCCCUAAUGUACUUCAGGUGAUUGAAUCCGCUGCUGAAAAAUUCAGGCCGAAGAGUUGUGAAUCCAGAUCUGACGUGUUUUCGUCUAGUGGAUUCGGCGUCGGUGUUUGCUCCGUCAAAGGCAGGAAAUUAUUUAUGGAAGAUACUCAUACGAUUGUUUCUUCUUCGAACACUGACAAGGGUUUCUUCGGGGUUUAUGAUGGACAUGGAGGCAGGAAGGCUGCGGAUUUUGUAGCGCAGAACCUACACUCCAAUAUAUUCGAGAUGUUAGAAAAAUCCUCCGGGAAUACAACAACAGAAGAAGUUAUUAAAGCUGCAUUCAUGAAAACAGAUGAUGAAUUCCUGAAACAGGGAUUAGAGAGUGGUUCUUGCUGUGUAACAGCCUUUAUUGAAGGAAAAGAGCUUGUGGUUUCAAACUUAGGUGAUUGUCGUGCUGUUCUUUCAAGAAAAGGAAAGGCUGAGGCUUUAACUAAAGAUCAUAGAGCAUCACAUGAGGAUGAACGAAAAAGAAUACAAGAUAAGGGUGGAUAUGUGGAGCUUCAUCGUGGGACUUGGAGGGUUCAUGGUGUACUUGCAGUUUCAAGGAGCAUAGGUGAUGCUCAUUUGAAAGAUUGGGUAUUGGGUGAACCUGAAACGACGAUUUUACCCCUGACAGAUGAUUUGGAGUAUCUAAUCUUGGCUUCAGAUGGACUGUGGGAUGAGGUCGGAAACCAAGAAGCUGUUGAUAUGGUGACACGUUGCAUGAGGAAUAUUUCAUCCAAACCCAAGAAAGUUUAUCGAGUGAAGCAAAUAAAACAGAGAAUUAAUAAUAAUAUUAUUAAUAAUAAAUGGAAAGAAACUGAAAAUGAAAACGAAAACGAAAAUGAGGAACCCAGUUUGAAGGUUAGACGUAUAUCACAUGUUGACCAAGUCAACGGCAUGAUGCCAUUGCCAUGUGGCCUUGUAGAUUCCUGCAAGGAGCUUUUGAACCUUGCUGUAAGUAGAGGUAGUUUAGAUGAUAUAACAGUUAUGAUACUUGACCUCAAAGCUUUCAACUAACUAUGUAGUUAUAGUAUGUACAUUGUGCAUUAAGAGAUGUACUUUGCGUUAGUUAGAUUUGGUAUUUUUUUUUCCUCUCUAUUCGUUACCCGUAUAAUUAUAAAUUGUAUUAGGAUUUCAAUAUUUUGCUCUUCGGUGCUCAAGAUUAUAGCAUUUUCUUGUUGCA